AUGGAUGUUGGACUUCAAAGCAUUUCCAAUUCGCCUAUUGAUGGUGCUGAAUUCUUUGAAUGGACAACGGCUUAUCUUCACGCGGCUCUUCCAUUGCCACUGAUGGAUUUCAUUGAAAAGAAGGAGCGUCAAAUUCAUGAGUUUCUUUUGUCGCGUGGUCUGCUUCUCAAGAAAGUAAAGAAAGAGGAACCGGUAGAUGAUGAGGAAAGAAGGGCGGUUGAGCCAGUCCAGAAGAAAUUGAAGGUUUCUCGCAGUCGUGAUUUGUAUGGCCAAUAAGGGAAUUUUUCGGUGAUUUUUUAAGAAAAAAUGAGGGGAAAAUAUAUUUAUAUAAAAUUUAGUGUUUU